AUUUUUCUUGUCAAACAAGUUCUCAGGUUCCGUUUUAUCGAGCUGAUAAUCUCAGUGGGAAAUCAGAGGAGCGAGAACCAGACGAGAGGAGUGAUUCUCAGUUCAAGUUGUUGAAAAUGUCUCGGAGAUAUGAUAGCCGUACAACGAUCUUCUCACCGGAAGGUCGUCUCUACCAAGUCGAGUAUGCAAUGGAGGCCAUAGGCAAUGCUGGUUCUGCCAUUGGAAUCUUAACAAAAGACGGAGUUGUAUUGGUCGGUGAGAAGAAAGUCACCUCCAAGCUUCUCCAAACCUCGACAUCCACAGAGAAGAUGUACAAGAUCGAUGACCACGUUGCCUGUGCCGUGGCUGGAAUCAUGUCCGAUGCCAACAUACUGAUCAACACGGCUCGGGUCCAAGCCCAGCGCUACACCUUUAUGUAUCAAGAGCCAAUGCCAGUCGAGCAGCUGGUCCAGUCUCUCUGCGAUACCAAACAAGGGUAUACUCAAUUCGGUGGUCUGCGACCAUUCGGUGUCUCCUUUCUCUUUGCAGGUUGGGACAAGAACUACGGGUUUCAGCUCUACAUGAGUGACCCGAGUGGAAACUAUGGCGGAUGGAAAGCUGCGGCCAUCGGGGCAAACAACCAAGCCGCUCAGUCCAUUCUCAAACAAGAUUACAAGGACGAGAUAACGAGGGAAGAGGGGGUCCAGCUCGCUCUGAAGGUUCUGAGCAAGACAAUGGACAGCACCAGUCUGACAUCGGAGAAGCUCGAGCUGGCCGAGGUUUUUCUGACACCCUCAGGCAAUGUCAAGUACCUUGUCCACUCGCCCGAGUCACUCACAAAGCUGCUGGUUAAGCAUGGCGUGACCCAACCCGCCGCCGAGACAUCGUGAGCUCUAGACAUUGGUGUUGUACUUGUCUGGUACUUUGUGUUUGUUCAACUUUUUAUGUUUUCUCUGUUCUGAUUUGGAUGAUAAUGUUGACCUUUUUAUCAUUCAGAGUCACUUAUGACAAUUAUUUCUGC